ACUUACCUAUUCCUAAAGGGUUUUUUUUUGCAUUUUUUCAAUUUUUUUGCAAACAUUUUCUUUUCCAAAGAUCAUAGCAUUUAGGGUAUAACAUGUCAUCACCGGCACCAAAGUCACCGGAACAAUCCGAUAAAAACAAGAAAUAUGAUCGACAGAUACGCCUGUGGGGAGAACAUGGCCAAAAUGUAUUGGAGGGCGCCAAAAUUUGUCUAAUCAAUGCAAAUGGUAUUGGAUGCGAAACGUUGAAGAGCUUGGUUUUGCCUGGCAUUGGUGUGUUUACAAUUGUCGAUGGCUCUGUGGUGACGGAGGAGGAUUUGGGAGUCAAUUUUUUCUUAGACUCCAGCAGUUUGGGCCAAUCCAAGGCAGCAGCCUGCAUGAUGUUAUUGCAAGAACUCAAUCCCGAUGUUAAUGGUGACUGCGUGGAAGAAAGUGUCGACUACUUAUUGGUAAAUCGACCGUCAUUUUUUGAUGAUUUCGAUGUGGUUGUAGCUUCCAACUUAAAUGAGGAAUCUCUCUUACGUCUUUCCAAUUGUCUGUGGGAGGCAAAUGUGCCUUUACUCUAUUGUCGUUCAUUGGGAUUUUUCGGAUCAAUACGUUUACAAAUCAAAGAACAUUGUGUGAUUGAAACUCACCCCGAUAAUCCACAAUUUGAUUUGCGUCUGGAACAACCCUUUCCAAGUCUUAAGAAGCAUUUUGAGAGCACCCAGAUAACCAACAAAGUGCCUUGGCUUUUAGUACUUAACAAAUAUUUGGACCAAUGGCGCCAGGAAAAUAACGGCAAAAUACCAUCCAACUACAGGGAGAAAUUGCAAUUAAAAGAAAUGAUAAGAAAAGGCAUUACAAACGAUGAGGAGAAUUUUGAGGAAGCCAUGAAAGCUGUAAAUACUGCAUUUGGAGGAGGUCACAUAACUAGUUCAUUAAAAGCCAUAUUUGAAGAUGAUGCCUGUAACAAUCUCAAUAAACAGAGCAAAUCCUUUUGGAUAAUGGCGAAAGCCCUAAAAGACUUUGUUGUACAAGAAAACAAUGGCAUGUUACCAUUACCGGGUAUAUUACCCGAUAUGACGGCCGAUACGGAAUCGUAUAUAAAUCUACAAAAUAUCUAUCGACAUCAGGCCAUGCAAGAUGCCGAUAGUGUUUAUCGUCGUACUCAAACAAUACUCAAGGAAUUAGGCCUCUCCCCAGAUACCAUUGACGAGAAGACUGUACGGUUGUUUUGUAAAGAAGCAGCCCACUUGACCGUCAUAAGAGGAUCGAAAAUAUCCGAUGAAUAUGAACGAAACAAUCGUUUUUUGAAUGAAGUAGAUAUUGAACUGCAAGGCACUUUAACCGAACAUUAUGUAGCCCUGAGGGCCUAUGAACGUUUUCUUACGGAAUGUGGAAAUAUUCCGGGUGAUUGUUAUGUUGAAAAUGAUACGGCACGUCUGAAAACGGUGGCAUAUAAAAUGCUUGCCGAUUUGGGAGCGACACAGGCGACCUUAAGCGAUGACAUGGUUCAUGAGAUUUGUCACUAUGGUGGGGCUGAAGUCCAUACCAUUUCGGCAUUUUUGGGUGGCAUUGCGGCGCAGGAAGCCAUUAAGAUUAUCACCAGUCAAUUCAAGCCUGUAGACAACACUUUUAUUUAUAAUGGCAUCACUUCAGAAACAACAACUUUGAAAUUGUAAAAAUAAAUAAAUAUUUAUAUGUGAAUUGUAAAA